GCAGCUCUGCAGGCUGUGCUGGAGCAGCAGCUGGGAUGCUGGAAGAGUUCUGCAACAGUCUGAGGAACUGUGACCUGGCCCAGCAGAGUAUCGUUCAUAUUGUUCAAAGUCCACAUAACAGUCAGAACAAUGACAAAACAGAAGAUAACGGUGCUGAAGGUAUCCUAAAAGCCUUGGAAAGAGAACCUGAAAGUCUAACUCGCAUAGAUCUCAGUACCAGCAUCCUGCCAUCAGUCUCUGCAGGCUUGGCUGUUAUUCUGGAUACUACAAAACCCAGCAUUUCUCUUCCCUCUGAAAAAUCAGGCGCAGCUAGCUACAACAGUUUUUAUGUUUUUUGCAAAAAUUUCUGUCAAGCUGUGAAACCUGGGAAACUGAGGGUCCGCUGCAGUGUGUGUAAACAAGGAACACUGACGCUGACAAGGGGUCCAUCUUGCUGGGAUGAUGUGCUAGUUCCCAACAGAAUCAGAGGUGUUUGCCAGUCCCAGAGCUGCAAUGGAAACAUAGCGGAAUUUUACUUUAAAUGUGGAGCACACCCAACCACUGACAGUGAAACAUCUGUGGCUUUGAACCUCGUUACAACAAACAGUCGCUGUAUCACAUGUAUAACAUGCACAGAUAUUAGGAGUCCUGUGCUUGUGUUCCAGUGCGUGCAUCGCCAUGUCAUUUGCCUAGACUGUUUCCAUUUGUACUGUGUGACUAUGCUGAAUGACCGUCAGUUCAUCCAUGACCUGCAGCUUGGCUAUUCCCUCCCCUGCGUAGCUGGCUGUCCGGACUCCUUGAUUAAAGAGCUUCAUCACUUCAGGAUUCUAGGAGAAGAACAGUACAACCGCUACCAGCGCUAUGGGGCUGAGGAGUGCGUGCUGCAGAUGGGAGGAGUGCUGUGUCCAACUCCCGGCUGUGGAGCGGGUUUGCUUCCUGAACCAGGAGUGAGGAAAGUUGUAUGUGAGCCAGGCAACGGAAUAGGCUGUGGGUUUGUGUUCUGCCGUGAAUGUAAAGAAGAAUACCAUGAAGGGGACUGCAGCUCUCUCCUCAGCACGCAGGGAGCCAUGGCCCAGAAGGGAUACGUAGUUGAUGAACAUGCAGCCAUGCAAGCUCGAUGGGAAAAGGCAUCUAGAGAAACAAUCAAGAAGACAACCAAGCCGUGCCCCAACUGCAAUAUUCCAGUUGAAAAAAAUGGUGGCUGCAUGCACAUGAAAUGUCCUCGCCCUCAGUGCAGAUUUGAGUGGUGCUGGAACUGUGGCCUGGAGUGGAACAGAACCUGCAUGGGAGAUCACUGGUUUGACUAGUGGUGCUGAGGCCAGCCCAUGUUACUGCUAAAGCUUGUUUUCAUUGGGGCCAAAUUCUGAACUUCUUGCUUAAACAAAAUUCCCAGAGGUCUCAGGAACACAGAGUUCAAAAUUUGGCCCAGUUUGUUGGGUUUUGCUUUCUUGCAUAUGCAGUCAUACCAAAAUCACGUUGAAGUUAUGCCAAGGGUUUUAAAUCCACUAAGUAAAAAGAAUAAUUGUUUUAAUAGACAGAAUUGCUCAUCAUGGUACAAAGUGCAGUAAAUUACACCUUUCUGAAACUGUGCAGUCUGUCAGCACAGAGAGAAGACAGGGUUACCAUGAGGAACUUUGCUUGAUAUUUAUAGGCAGGAAUCCGCAACUCUUACAAGAGAGAUCAGCCUUGAUAUGUGUGUGUUUGAGUGCGUGAGUGUCAAGGAGGGUGGAGGAUGUUCUCUGCAUCAGCUUUUUUUUCUUUGACCACUCCUUUGCUCAUUCAGCACAAAUUUUGAUUUUGAGGCAGUAUUUCUUAACAGCUUUUUUGGCAGAGGGAAGACUGUGGCUCUUCAGUGUUUUCUCAGGAUUCCUUCCUAACAGUCUUUCUGUAGAGGUCUUGCUUUCAAACCAAAUUCUCAUAGAAACAUCCAGCUUUAUUUGUGCUUGUGCAUUUGUAACAUGCAACACAAAACCUACCUACAUGCUCAUUAUAGACUUUGCUACCAUUGAAAGGUUAGCUAAGGAUGCAGUUUCAGCUCUAACCGUGACUGCUGUUGCAGUGGUGACUGGAUCUGAUUAAGUGUUGUGCAAGCUGGACUCACAGGGCUUCACUUUUUUUCUGCUUACAGCAAUACUUUAGGCAUGGCAAGGGGAAGCAGGAGGAGACUUCUCAGGGCUUUUCUGUAUCAUCAUUCUCCUAAACUGAACUAGAAUAUGGGUAUACUUCUGAAAAUUAAUUUACAGCUCAAACAGUGUGGGGCAGAGGGACAUCUUUCAUUUUACAAUGUUAACACAGUAAGUAAAGUUUACUAACAUUUCCAAGCCUGAACCAUCUUACUGUUUGGUGUGCUUUACAUUGCAGUCUUAUUCUGAAAUGAAAUGGGUACUGUCCACAUCUAACAUGCCGUGUAAGGAUUUGCACAAUUCAGUUUUGGAAAAAAUACACAAUAAAUAAAGCUGUCAAAAUUUUAAACUUCAUUUAUUUGUUCAUUUGAAUACAAAGUAAGUGAGUACAAAGAUGUUGGGCGGGUCAUGCUUUUCCUUGACUGAUUCAGACUCCCAGCUGAGAGGCUAGCCCUUUGAUUAAAACAUACUAUUAGCACAAAAUAAAUUUGAGGGCCCUGGACUUCUUUUAUCCUGUUCAAAUUAAUAUUUUGUACGGCAUGACUCUAGAGUCCUGAAAAUAUGGGUGUGCCUCACAUCAGUCAGUGCAGAGCAAGAAGCUUGAGGUAUAAAGAAAUCCCAGGCUCACUACAAAAAUGUCCAAUUGCUAAAAGCAGUGGAGUACUCAUCUGUCUCAGCUGGAAGCAACAUUAAAAGUCUGAGGAAGCAAAGGGAUGAAAGCAUGAGGUACCAAAAAUGAGAGAGUGAACUGAGGAUUAAGAAAAUGAGAGAGGAAGUGGCAACAGGAGGACAAUGGCCAUUUCUCAAAGGCCAUUUUCCUUUUUGGCACUGGUGAACUAAAAUGUAUGCAGAAGUAGCUACAUUAAAGUGCAGGCAUGCACUGUAGCUCGUUUAAGUACAUUAUCUUAAUGGGUAUAUUUUACUGUGAGCUCUGAUUAUUUCAUGAUUUGAUUUCCUAUACCUGGGUCUAUUUAUAUGGCUUGUUGCCAACACACUAAGGAAAAAAUCACAAUGCUUAAUUUUACUUUGAUAGUGUGUUACAUGGGAGCUCAUCACUAUAUGUCCUAUCCACAAGCAUUUGGAAUAAAAGAAGUCUAAAUUUCUUUCCCAUUUUUUUAGCAUCUUUCUAGAAGUUAAUAAAGACAUUUUUUUCCUCUAAAGAGGAAGAAAAACUUGUUUAUGUAAGGCAGUUUCAUUGAGCUAGAGCCUGCCCUAACAAGUUAAUGUUUUAAUUGUCACGUAGAAACAUGUAAUUUAUGCCCGUGGAUCGAGGUCCAUUGAAGUCAAUGGACUGUAGAUCAGCUCCCGUAUUUCUUUCUGGCCUGGGCAUGACAUGGCAGGUGUGAGUCAUAAGGCUAGAAUAGAAACAUCUCUUUCUUGGGAAGAACUUGUCAGAGGAUGGGAUUACGACCAUUCAUCUGAGACAGAAACAAGGGCAUGAAAGGAGAAUAAAGAAUGGAGCUCCUGCACUUACUUGAGAUUACCUACUUUUAGAGAAUUGCUUUAUAGGGCCCUUGUCACUUAGGGUUUCUUCACACAGUCCAGAUUUACACUCCAACAAAAAAAAA